UCAACACCGUAAUCCAGAGUUCCCAGCAGAGAAACACCCAUCAAAACCGUUUUCUUUUCUUCGUUUCCUAUUUUCCCGGCUCUCCCUUCCCUCCAACAUUUCACUCUCACUCUCAGUCGCAGAUUCCCUUCUCCCUCCCUUAUCUCCUCCCUCUGCCACCGUCCCCACCAAAAAAAUCUCCUCCCUCCGCAAUUUCCCAUCGGGCGAGCAAUCGAGCUCCGUGACUACCCUCCUCAAUCCUCCCAAUCCGAAUUUCCCGAAUUCCAAUGGCAGCCGCCGUUGCAUCAGCUCCCUUCAGCAACACGUACUACUACAUUCCUCCACUCGCCUCCCUUUCUAGGGUUUCCAUUUCCCUCCACCCCGCCUCCCGCCGCCGCCAACAACAACGACACCAGUUCUUCCGCCGCUCCUCCUCCUCCUCCAUCCCGUUCUCUCGUGGCCGCAGCUGCUGCCUCGCGUCCAGCCCCGAGGUCUUGGUCGCCGCUGCCGCCAAUUCAGCUCUCGGACGUGGAGUUGCGAACAAGAGAGGUGGAGGAGACGGUGAGGAGAAGGAGGAGUGUGGUGAUUUGAAGUCGUGGAUGCAUCAGAACGGUCUCCCUCCUUGCAAAGUCGUUCUUAGAGAUAGGCCGUCCCUCGACGAGAUGCUUUGCUCCAUUCAUUACGUCGCCGCUAGCGAAGAUCUUCAGGCUGGGAAUGUGGCGUUUUCCGUCCCGAAUUCUCUCGUUGUGACGCUCGAUAGGGUAUUAGGAAAUGAGACAGUAGCGGAAUUGUUGACGACGAACAAGUUAUCGGAGUUGGCAUGCUUGGCAUUGUAUUUGAUGUACGAGAAGAAGCAGGGGAAGAAGUCGUUCUGGUAUCCGUACAUACGAGAGCUUGAUCGUCAGCGUGGUAGAGGUCAGCUUGCUGUGGAAUCUCCGCUGCUGUGGUCGGAUGAUGAAUUGGCUUAUCUGACAGGCAGCCCUACUCAGGCUGAAAUUAUUGAAAGGGCAGAUGGGAUCAGAAGAGAAUAUGAUGAGCUUGACACUGUGUGGUUCAUGGCUGGUUCUUUGUUUCAGCAAUACCCUUUUGAUAUUCCAACAGAAGCGUUUUCCUUUGAGAUUUUCAAACAAGCUUUCGUUGCUGUUCAGUCAUGUGUGGUGCAUUUGCAGCAAGUCAGCUUAGCUCGUCGAUUUGCUUUGGUUCCUCUGGGGCCUCCCUUGCUAUCUUACAGAAGCAGUUGUAAGGCAAUGCUAAGUGCUGUAGAAGGUGCUGUUGAACUGGUAGUUGAUCGCCCAUACAAGGCCGGGGAACCCAUUGCUGUCUGGUGUGGACCGCAACCCAAUUCAAGAUUGCUUAUAAACUAUGGUUUUGUUGACGAGGAUAAUCCUUAUGAUCGCCUCAUGAUCAAGGCUGCAUUAAACACUGAGGACCCUCAGUAUCAGGAGAAAAGAUUGGUUGCUCAAAAAAAUGGCAAACUCUCCAUGCAGGAUUUUCUGGUUCAAGUGGGGAAGGAAAAGGAAGCUGUCUCAGAUAUGCUUCCUUAUCUACGAUUAGGCUACGUGUCAGAUACUUCUGAACUGGAAUCCGUCAUGUCUUCUCAGGGUCCAGUUUGUCCAGUUAGCCCCUGCUUGGAGCGGGCAGUAUUGGAUCAGCUUGCUGAGUACUUCAACAAGCGCCUGACUUUGUACCCAACUAGCUUAAGCGAAGACGAAUUGAUGUUGGCGGAUGAUAAGUUGAACCCAAAGAAGAGAGUUGCCACUCAGCUUGUGCGGUUGGAAAAGAAAAUACUUCAUGCUUGUCUGGAGGCAACUCGUGAUCUGAUAGCACAGCUACCUGAUCUCACAAUCUCACCAUGUCCAGCUCCUUAUGCUCCUUCGUUGAAAUGAGAAAGAGGUUGCAGAAUUUCAUUCAUUGGCUCAGGAAUCUUAAAGACGUUUUUCGCUAGACGGGUAAUAUGGUCAGUAUACAAAGCAGGACGAAGGCUGGCUUAUUGAAAUGGUAGAUAAUUCUGAACAUAAGUCAGGUAAGUAAAUCAAUGACCAUCGAAGAGAUUUGGAGUUCAUGCUGCCUCUGGCAUUCAACUGGUGAAAAAGGGCCGGGCAUCAGUGGUGGGUUCAUGGGCAUAGCUUCAAGUCUGCUGGUUGCUGCCUUUUCCGUUUCGAGUCCUACUGUGCAGCAGUUGCAUGGAAAAAUUAUCCUCCCUCUUCUUCUGUAUAGCAACUCAGCAGUACAAGCAAAUGACAGGCCAAGGCCGAUCAAUCGUGUACAUUACUACUGGUUUUCUUUCAGAAGACCAAAAGGGGGAGUGAGCUUUCAGUUUCUGUUUUCAAAAAGCUGAGAGGGAGAGAGAAGAGAGAGACAAAGGAAGGCCGCGCCGCCGGGAGAAAGCUGGAAUCAAAGAAAGCAGUUUGACUCCCCCGCCGGCGGGAAACGAAUUUCAUCCCGAAGGAAGUGCUCUACACUGUCAAGCAAAAAUGAGCGCCAACUCGCGGGGGCCACGGCCCACGCGCGGCCGCAAUCCUCCGCCGCACCAGCGGUCGCAGCCGGAGGUCUACAACAUAAUCCCAAUCCACGACCUCUUCACGGACCACCCGUCUCUACGCUAUCCGGAAGUACGAGCCGCGGCGGCGGCGCUGCGCGCAGUCGGCGACCUCCGGAAACCGCCGUUUCUCCCCUGGGAGCCGCACUACGACCUCCUGGACUGGCUCGGCUUGCUAUUCGGCUUCCAGCGCGACAGCGUGCGGAACCAGCGAGAGCACUUGGUCCUCCACCUCGCCAAUUCGCAAAUGCGGCUCCAGCCGCCGCCGUCGUUGCCGGACGCCCUGGACCCCACCGUACUCCGCCGCUUCCGCCGGAAGCUACUCACAAACUACACCUCCUGGUGCUCGUACAUCGGCCGGAGGUCCCAGCUCAUCCUCUCCGGCCGGCCUAGCAGCGACGACCUAAUCCGCCGCGAACUGCUCUACGUCGGGCUCUACCUUCUAAUUUGGGGCGAAUCUGGAAACCUAAGGUUCAUGCCGGAGUGUCUCUGCUACAUCUACCACCACAUGGCCAUGGAGCUCAACCAAUUCCUCGACGAGUGGACCGAUCCCGAAACCGGUAGGGCUUUCCUCCCUUCAAUCUCCGGCGAGUGUGCGUUUCUGAAAUCGGUAAUCAUGCCUAUUUACCGAACGGUGAAGUCCGAAGUGGAUAGCUCCAGGAACGGGACGAAGCCCCAUUCCGCUUGGAGAAACUACGACGACUUGAAUGAAUUCUUCUGGAGCAGGAGGUGUUUCAAGAAGCUGAGAUGGCCUUUGAAUUUCAGUAGCAAUUUCUUCGAUACGGUGGAUAAGAUUCAUAGAGUUGGCAAGACUGGUUUUGUAGAGCAGAGGUCGUUCUGGAACUUGUUUCGGAGCUUCGAUAAGCAGUGGGUAUUGCUGAUUCUGUUUCUGCAAGCAAGCAUUAUCAUUGCUUGGGAGCAGACUAAGUAUCCUUGGCAUGCAAUUGAGCGAAGAGCAGUCCAAGUUAAGCUUCUGAGUUGCUUCAUUACAUGGAGUGGGUUGAGAGUUCUGCAAGCUGUGCUAGAUGCUGGAACUCAGUACAGCCUUGUCACUAGGGAGACAUGGUUGUUGGGGCUGCGAAUGAGCUUGAAGUUUGUGGUGGCAGUGGCAUGGACGGUUGUGUUUGGGGUCUUCUAUGGGAUGAUAUGGAGGUCGGGGAGUUCCAACGAAGCUGACCAGAGGAUCACUAUGUUUCUCCAAGCAGUGCUGGUCUUCGUUAUCCCGGAAUUGCUUGCCAUUCUGCUCUUCAUACUCCCAUGGAUUCGAAAUGCCAUUGAAGAGUGGGAUUGGAGUUUUGUAUACUUGUUCACGUGGUGGUUUCAUACCAGAACAUUCGUAGGCCGGGGACUUCGAGAAGGGCUCGUCGACAAUGUCAAGUACACUGUGUUCUGGAUACUGGUUUUAGCUUCAAAGUUUGUGUUCAGCUACUUCCUCCAGAUCAAGCCGAUGGUUGCUCCGACGAAGGCGAUUCUCAAGGUCAACAUUUUUCAGUAUAAGUGGCAUGAGUUCUUUGGCCAUAGCAAUCGAGUUGCAGUGGUAGUAAUGUGGAUGCCUGUGAUGCUGAUCUACUUCACCGAUUUGCAAAUUUGGUAUGCCAUCUUCUCCUCUUUUGUUGGAGCCACCGUAGGCUUGUUCUCCCACUUGGGCGAGAUAAGGAACAUUGGUCAGCUCAGACUCCGGUUCCAGUUCUUCGCCAGCGCAAUGCAGUUCAAUCUAAUGCCCGAGGAGCAACUUCUCGGCCCGAAGAUGAACCUAGUGAAGAAGCUUCGAGACGCGAUUCACAGAUUGAGACUGAGAUAUGGGUUCGGCCAACCUUACACGAAGAUUGAGUCAAGCCAGGUGGAGGCCACAAGGUUUGCAUUGAUAUGGAACGAGAUCAUGAUGGCUUUCAGGGAAGAAGAUUUGAUCAGUUAUAAAGAGCUCGAGCUCCUGGAGCUUCCGCCGAACUGCUGGAACGUUAGAGUGAUUCGCUGGCCCUGUGUUCUUCUCUGCAAUGAGCUACUGCUAGCUCUGAGUCAGGCGCUCGAGCUGGCUGAAGCACCCGACAGUUGGAUUUGGUUGAAGAUCAGUCAGAGCGAGUACCGGCGCUGCGCUGUGAUCGAGGCGUAUGAUUGCAUCAGGUAUUUGUUGCUUUCGGUGGUGAAGUAUGGUUCAGAAGAGAACUCCAUUGUUGGGAAGUUCUUCAACGAGGUAGAUGGUCACAUUCAAAUCGGAAAGUUUGCAGAGAAUUACAACAUUUGCCUGCUUCCCAAGAUACACUCCAAGGUAAUACAAUUAGUUGAGCUUCUGAGGAAACCUAGGAAAGAUGAGAGGGAAACUGUGGAUGUAUUGCAGGCAUUGUACGAACUUUGUGUUCGUGGGUUCCCAAAGUUGAAGAGGUCCAUUCCCGAGCUGAGAAAUGAUGGUUUAGCCUCCCAGCGUGAAACAGAGUUGCUCUUUGAGAAUUCUGUUCAGUUCCCCGACGCUGAAGAUGAGUUCUUCAAUCGACAGCUGAGGCGUGUGCACACAAUUCUCACGUCACGAGAUUCCAUGCACGACGUUCCUAAGAACAUCGAGGCGAGACGACGAAUUGCUUUCUUCAGCAAUUCUCUGUUCAUGAACAUGCCACGUGCCCCAAAUGUCGAGAAGAUGAUGGCGUUCAGCGUGCUGACACCUUACUAUGACGAAGAGGUUUGUUUCGGUAAAGAGAAUCUUCGCACUCCGAAUGAGGAUGGAAUCUCGAUCCUGUUUUAUCUGCAGAAGAUCUAUGAGGACGAGUGGAGGAACUUCAUGGAGAGAAUGAAGAGGGAAGGAAUGGAGGACGAGGAUGAUGUGUGGGACAAGAAAUCAAGGGAGCUUCGUCUUUGGGCUUCGUACAGAGGGCAGACAUUGUCGCGAACUGUUAGAGGGAUGAUGUAUUAUUACAGGGCUCUGAAGAUGCUUGCCUACCUUGAUUCGGCCUCUGAGGUUGAUAUUAGGGCGGGAACGCAGGAGAUUGCUUCUCAUCAUUCAUCGAGGAGGAACAACCGACAGUUGGGUGAUGAUGGUCUGAACUCUGCCGGAGGGGCAGGAGGAGAGAGACCAUCAUUGAGGAAGCUGGGCAGAGCAACGAGCACCGUAGGGCUCUUGUUCAAGGGACACGAGUAUGGGAGCGCGCUCAUGAAGUUCACCUACGUUGUUGCUUGUCAGGUCUACGGGCAGCACAAAGCCAAGGGUGAUCCUCGAGCCGAAGAGAUCCUCCACCUCAUGAAGAACAACGAGGCGCUUCGAGUUGCGUACGUCGACGAGGUCCACUUGGGGAGAGAUGAAGUCGAGUACUACUCCGUCCUGGUGAAGUACGAUCAAGAACAGCAGAGAGAAGUCGAGGUAUACCGUGUCAGGCUGCCCGGUCCUCUCAAGCUCGGGGAAGGGAAGCCCGAGAAUCAAAACCAUGCAUUCAUCUUUACUCGCGGAGAUGCAGUUCAGACCAUCGACAUGAACCAGGACAACUACUUUGAGGAAGCUCUCAAGAUGAGGAAUCUGCUGGAGGAGUUCAAGGUACAUUAUGGAAUCAGGAGGCCGACGAUCUUGGGUGUUCGUGAGAACAUCUUCACCGGUUCGGUUUCCUCUCUUGCCUGGUUCAUGUCUGCUCAGGAGACGAGCUUUGUGACUCUUGGCCAGCGAGUUCUGGCGAAUCCUUUGAAGAUUAGGAUGCAUUAUGGUCAUCCGGAUGUGUUUGACCGGUUCUGGUUCAUGCCACGUGGCGGGGUCAGCAAGGCUUCUAGGUUGAUCAAUAUCAGUGAGGAUAUAUUUGCUGGGUUCAACUGCACCCUUCGAGGAGGCAAUGUGACUCAUCAUGAAUAUAUACAGGUGGGCAAAGGCCGGGAUGUCGGAUUGAACCAGAUAUCAAUGUUUGAAGCCAAGGUAGCAAGUGGCAACGGUGAGCAGAUAUUAAGCCGAGACGUCUACAGACUAGGCCACAGAUUGGAUUUCUUCCGAAUGCUCUCGUUCUACUACACUACAGUUGGCUUCUUCUUCAACACAAUGGUGGUCGUACUAACCGUCUACUCCUUCCUCUGGGGCCGUCUCUACCUCGCUCUCAGCGGCAUAGAAGGCUACGCCAUGGAAACUAGCAAGAACAACAAGGCCUUCGGCGUAAUCCUGAACCAGCAGUUCUUCCUCCAGAUCGGCCUCUUCACCGCCUUCCCAAUGGUGGUUGAAAACUCCCUCGAGCAUGGCUUUCUUCCUGCCGUCUGGGACUUCUUGACCAUGCAGCUCCAACUGGCAUCUGUUUUCUACACUUUCUCCAUGGGCACCCGAGCCCAUUUCUUCGGCCGGACCAUCCUUCACGGUGGUGCCAAGUACCGUGCCACUGGCCGCGGGUUCGUGGUCCAGCACAAGAGCUUCGCUGAAAAUUACAGGCUCUACUCUCGGAGUCACUUCGUCAAGGCUAUUGAGCUCGGUGUGAUUCUCAUAGUCUACGCAGCUCACAGCCCCAUGGCACAGGACAGCUUUGUUUACUUGGCGAUGACGUUAUCGAGCUGGUUCCUCGUCUUGUCGUGGAUCAUGGCCCCGUUCGUUUUCAACCCGUCAGGAUUUGACUGGUUGAAGACGGUAUAUGACUUUGAGGACUUCUUGAAUUGGAUAUGGUACAAAGGUGGCGUGUUCACUAAGGCAGAGCACAGUUGGGAGACCUGGUGGUACGAGGAACAGGACCAUUUGCGAACCACGGGACUCUGGGGUAAGCUCUUAGAGAUCAUCCUCGAUCUCCGGUACUUCAUGUUCCAAUAUGGCGUUGUGUACCAGCUCAACAUCACCGGCGGGAAGACCAGCAUUUCAGUUUACCUGCUAUCAUGGAUUUACAUGAUCGCGGUGAUGGGGAUCUAUGUCGUGAUGAUGUACGCUCAAGAGAGAUUUGCGGCGAAGGAGCAUAUCAAGUACAGGCUGACACAGCUCGUGGUGAUCUCGAUGACCGUGCUUGUACUGACUCUAUUGUUGGACCUUACGUCGUUCACGUUGCUGGAUUUGGUCAGCAGCAUGCUGGCGUUUGUGCCCACAGGGUGGGGGCUGAUAAGCAUUGCUCUCGUGCUGAGGCCUUUUUUGGAGUCUACAGUGGUUUGGGAUACGGUGGUUUCGUUGGCGAGGAUUUAUGAUCUGCUGUUUGGAGUGAUUGUGAUGGCCCCCGUGGCGUUGUUGUCGUGGUUGCCAGGGUUUCAGGCCAUGCAGACGAGGAUUCUGUUCAACGAGGCCUUUAGUAGGGGCCUGCAGAUUUCCAGGAUUCUUAGUGGGAAGAAAACCAAUUGAUGGGUCAAGCAAGCUAAGGUUCAUCUUCAUGGUUAUAUUCUGAAAGGAAAAGCCCUUUGAAAAUGACAGGUCUUUUGGCUGAUGGGAAACAGAUCCGACAAUUCGCCUGUGGUACUGAUGUUUCAAAUCUUCUAAAGACGAGUCAUUAACAGGACGCAAGGCUACUGAAAAAACCCUUCAUUGACCGUGGAAGAGAUGCAGAGUUCAUAAUGCUUCCUCUGUGUUUGAAUGUUGAAAAACCCGCCCGCCACCGGAUGAAUUUGCAUCCAGAUAUGCGAUCCAUGUUCAAGAGCCUGCUGGUUUUCCCUUUCCCAUUGGGCGUUGGUCAUUUUCUGGUACCACUUCGCACCUGUUUCUGUCCUUCCUAUGCCGAAAUUGCUUGAAGUACUCGCAUCCCCUGUAUAACACUUAGCAUUGCUAGCAAUUUAGGCUGUACAUCACUGGAAACGGACUAGGUAGCUAAUUCCUUUUAUUAUUGGUAAUAGCCUAAUAGGUCAUGUUGAAACAAGCCAGCUAGCUAAUUAAGCAGCUCUCAUAGUGAAUUGUUACGGGGUACCCAAGCAUUGGAAGACGAAUGGAAGAAGAGAUGUAAAGUUUCCAUGAUUCUUAGUUUGAGACGUACAUCAAGUCUGGUGAUGAUCGAAUGGACGACAUAGCUUCCAAACCCUAGCUGCUAAGGUACCGAAAAUCAGUCAUCAACAAAGAAAAUGUGGCGGGGAACACGCGGGUAUUCGAAAAUCAGUCAGAAAAGAUGCAGGAGACUUGAUGAUCUUCCGUCCUGUGUUGGACUGCCAAAAAAACCGAUGUCCACAGCCACAGGAGUUGUCCUUUUCCCACAUUGCCUCGGUAAGUUUCCGGAUAGUGGGCCGCAAUUGGUCGGAUUAAUUACCUUUCAACACGCCCCACCCACCGACCGGCCGAUUUUCAAAAGGAAGGAAAAUGAAAAGCAAGCCCGAUUCACUUUACUACCCGAUCACUCGCCUACUCGGAAACUUCUCACCGGAAGACCGGUUGACUCACCAGACCAUUAAUAAUCCGAUUAUAAUAGUAAUCAAUCAAGUUGCAAUGCGUAUCAGAUCCCCUCCCUCCUGCCGGAACCAUAAUAUAAUGGCUGCAGCAGCAGCAGCAGCGCGGCCAAGCAAAUCCUUUCCUGUUCGGCGUCUUCUAAUAAUCCCGGCCAUUCUGCUGCUCUGCUGUAGCUCGCUAGCAGCCGACACUCUGACCCAAGGCGGCCCAGCCCUCGAUUCCAACUCCACCCUCAACAGCCCCGGCGGCUUCACCUUAGGCUUCUCAGCGUUCAACUCGGACAACUCCAGCUGCCGCUACUUGGGAAUCUGGUGGAUUGACCAGUACCUCUACUGGGUAGCCAACCGCGACUUCCCUAUCUGCGACGACGACUCGGGACGCCUCGUCUUGGACCACAACGGAACCCUCAAGCUCACCAACUCCGCCGGCCCACCCCUCGUGCUCUACUCCUCCUCCAACAACGACAACAACAACAGAAACAGUAGCAAGAAAUUGACGGCGGCGGUCGAAGAAAACGGCAGCCUCUCCGUGCGGGACGGUUCCAGCAAUCUGCUAUGGCAGAGUUUCGAUUCCCCUACGGAUUCCUGGCUGCCCGGGAUGAAACUCGGGGUGGUCAAUGACAGCGGCGGCCUGCAGAACCGGAAGCUGACGUCACGGCUGAUCUAUUCCAUCCCGGCGAAAGGGUCCUUCACGCUGGAGUGGGAUCCCAAGAGGGAGGAGCUGGUGGUGAAGCGGCGAGGGGUCGAGUUCUGGGCCAGCGGCAAGCAAUUGGGGGCCGACAGAUUCCAGAAUAUGGACCUCAGGGGAUUCUCGGCACAGGGGAUAGAUUACAACGUGACACGUGUCUCCAGCCCUGCCGACGGCGAGGACUAUUUGACUUUAGGAGUUUCCAAAAACAGAAACAGCACCACCACGGGGUUUACCUUCAGCUACUUGCUGCUGGGCCACGACGGCGGGAUCGCGGACGAAACACUCGGCGUCGGCGGUUCGGCCCUGGACCCGGAUCUCUGCGACGGAAACAGCACGGAGAAUGGGUGCGUGUCUGCGUGAGAUGGCAGGGGCCGGAGUGCCGCCGGAGCAACGAAGACAGGUUUUACGUGCCGACGGACCGGUCCAGGCUCCAUCGAUGGGACGUGGAGGGGAAUGGGAGUCUCAGCAGCAUCAGCGACUGCAAGGAGUGGUGCUGGAAUCAUUGCAAAUGUGGUGGGGUCAGCUUAGAGAACAAUACUAAUGGCACUGGAUGUCGUUUUUACAGGUAUGGGGACUCUUAUACCGAUUUGAGAUAUCCCACAGCAGACACGUAUCGCCAAAUUAUCGGUAAAGCUCCCAGAAGAUACGACUACGCUCCUUCCACUGCUCCAAGUGCAGCCCCAUCAGCAAUUGAUCCUCCGGAUGCAGGAAAAGUCAAGAAUAGUACUAUUGGGAAGUGGGUAAAGAAGAGCGGGAAGUGGGUUUUGGUUGGGACAGCAUUGGCUUUCAUGAUCCUCCUCAUACUUGGCACGUUUUGGUACACGAGGAGGCGAAAACUCAGAGAGUUGAUGGCUGCGGUGGUGGAAGAUGAUGGAAAUGGAGGGCAUGAUCAUUUGACGGUUUACAGCGUGGCAUUGAUUAUGACCGCUACAAAUAACUUUUCCCCUCAAAAUAAGCUUGGCCAGGGAGGGUUUGGACCCGUUUACAAGGGAAAACUACCAAAUGGGUUGGAAGUCGCUGUAAAGAGAUUGUCAGAAACAUCAGGCCAAGGAUUGAUGGAGUUUCGAAAUGAGCUAAUACUGAUAGCUAAGUUGCAACACAGGAACCUUGUUAAACUUUUGGGUUAUUGCAUCCAUGGAGAAGAGAAGAUGCUAGUAUACGAAUAUAUGGCAAAUAAGAGUUUGGAUUCUUUUAUAUUUGACGAAUCAAAGAGAUCACAAUUAGAUUGGAAUGAGCGUUUCAAUAUUAUUGAAGGAAUAGCUCAAGGGUUAUUGUAUCUUCACAAGUACUCGAGAGUGAGGAUCAUACACAGAGAUCUAAAAGUUGGCAACAUACUACUAGACGAAAAACUUAAUCCAAAGAUCUCAGAUUUUGGAUUGGCACGUAUUUUCUAUACAAAUGCUUCCAAAGCUAACACAAACAGACCAGCCGGAACAUUCGGCUAUAUGUCUCCAGAGUACAUCAUGGAAGGUGUUUUCUCCACAAAAUCUGAUGUCUUCAGUUUCGGCAUUAUGUUGCUGGAAAUUGUAAGCGGAAGGAAAAACUAUCGUCUCAUUCAACAAGAUCCACAGAUCAACCUCGUGGGAUAUGCAUGGAAGCUAUGGGAAGAAGACACCCCAUUACAGUUAAUGGAUCCAUUCUUGAGCAAUAUCGAUAACUAUAAGGACCAGAUACUUAGAUGUGUUACCGUAGGGCUACUCUGCAUUGAAUACAAGGCAGAAGACCGACCAUCAAUGUCAGAGGCAAUAUCAAUGUUAAAUAAUCAAGUUGCAUCAUUGCCCAUACCAAAACAACCUGGCUUUACGACGAGGCCGAGAAGUAUUGAUUCUGAGAGAAGGAACCUGCCAAAUAAAUGUUCAGACAAUGAGGUCACCUUGACAACAAUGUGUGCUCGAUAGGUAGACAUCGAGGAUUUAAUAAAUUUUUUCUUCUUCUUCUUUGCUUCUAGUAUGGAUCUUAGUAAUUAGUAUAGCAAUACGUGGUGUUCUCUGAAGGAAAUACGAGGAUCAGAAGUCAUAACCAG